AUGAAUGCCGGCAAAGAAUUCAAAUUUUAUGCUAAUAAAAUGGAUGGAACGGAACGUAGUUUGCCGAGGGAACAAGAUGAUUAUGAUGAUUAUCUUACCAUCAAAAUGAACACAUAUACACCGUUCGAUAUGAAAAAGAAGUAUGCUAAUGAGCCGCAGGAGAAAAUCAACAUUCUUCAAGAGAUUUACGAUACAGAGAGAACUUAUGUCAAGGCGCUGACUGUUGUUGAUGAGAUAUUCAUUCAACAACUCAACUUGUGGUGUCCCAAAUCAAGGAAAUGCUUCCGUUCCCUGUUCGGUGAGAUAUCAGCCAUCUGCAAGACCCACCAAAUACUCUUGGAAUCGCUUCGCACCAAACCAAUUGCCGAUGUGUUUACCAAAUUCGUACCUUUUCUCAAAUUGUACACGAGCUACGCGACUCAUUACCCAAAUGCUUUGAAGAUUCAUGCCAAACUCAUGUCCCGUAGCGACUUCCGCAAAGCUCUGGCAAAGAUUGAAGAAGAUCCGAGAGUUGAAGGAAAGAAGUUACAAGCGUAUCUCAUCAUGCCAAUCCAAAGAAUUCCGCGCUACAUUAUGCUCAUAUCGAAUUUGAUGAAGUUUAGCACGGAACAACAAGAUAUAACGAAUUUGUACAAGGCGUUGAGUGGAAUGCAAGGACUCACCGAUCAGAUGCAGUCCUGUAUGAUUGCAUACGAGAAUGGACAGAGGUUGCUGGAAAUCCAACUGAGCUUCGGGCUGGAUGGACAUGUUCUGGAGCCUGGAAGAGUUUUACUGAAGGAAGGAAUGUUGUACAAGAGGGAACUCAACGGAACCGCCAACUAUCAAGAAACCGUCGUUUUCCUCUUCAACGAUAUUCUUCUAUAUGGGAUCAAAAAGAUCAGUGUAAUGCCACUUUGCAAGUACGAGCCAUCUGCAAUUCUAUCGCUCCGUCAUUGCAUUGUCCAACUAGACGACAUCGGCGGAAGUAUUUUCAUCCGUUGCGGUGACGUCGGUGUGGAUUUUACCGCCUACUCAUUGGGUGGUGUAACGGAAUGGUACAAUGAAAUUUGUGAUGCCAUUGACAAUGCAAAGAAGCUUCGUGAUACUCUGCGCAAGGAGAGUUUCAAGCAAAAAUCGUUGGUCUUUGACCGAGGAUUCUGGCAGAAAAACCGCGACCGCAUCCGCAACAUUAUCUCCAAUGACGUGACACCACACGUGAAUCGUGUGCUUUCGAGGAAGAAGCCUCUACCGAAGCUAGAGGAGAACGAUUUCCUUCGUGGGCAGUGGACGACAUCGACAACUGCAUCUAAUCGAAAACGCCAAGUGGCAACUACUGAAAGAGAUGUAGCUGGUAUGGGAUACACAUCUUCUCCAACCAAGAAACAACGCCAAGUCUUCUCUCUCCAAGAUGAGGAAGCCGGAAAGGUAGAGCAGGGGAAGCGUUAUUUGGAGAAUCUCGCUCUUGCUGAUGUCACAUUGACUCAACCUGCAACUGAUGUUGCUACCAUGCUAACACCGCAAAGAAGUCCAAUUUCUAAUGAAAACGACGAAAGUGACUUCGUUUGGACUGACGACGAGGAGUACAUACCUCCAGAGAAGAAAAUCCCGAUUCGACGUGUUGCAAGUCACGAUGAAGAGGACCGUCGUCGUCGUAGUCCAGGAGGAGUCCGUCGUUUUGUCGCAUCCGAACCAAAGCGUCGUCAUCUGGCGGUUGAUGAUAUCCGCAGAUUGAGCUAUCAGCAGCGUACUCUAGAGCCUUUCAACAUGAUAACCGAUGAUGACGACGAGGACGACAUCAUCGACAUGAAGGUGAAAGGAGAACGUCCACGCCCUUGGUGGGAGACGGAGUCUGCGCCACCAGCUAUCAAGAAUCAGAAGUCAUCUAUUAUCGACACUGUCAAAAACAACUGCAACAUCAUGUAA